CCAACACCGAGCCCGGCAGCAUCGGCCCUCCCCUUUCAGGUUUAGCAGGACACCGUCGCCAGCGAGUCAGCAUUCCACUUCAGGCAAGACACCAUUCCAGCUGUCGUCGCUCCGUGCCGUUGUGUCCGGAAUUGUCGCACCGCUGCAAGCCAUCCCUCAUCUGGAUCAGGGACAGUCCCCCCCUGGCCUUGGGAGCGAGCCAUUAAUUCCAUUGUCCUGUCUGCUGCCUAGGACCCGAGCGCGGACUGUCUCGCCUCUCCGACAUACCCUGACCCCAUCCGCACCUGCUGUUCUCGUAGGGUGAACAAGGGCGAGAAUAUUUGUCUGUCUGCAAGCCACCUCGAGAGAAGCCGACAGCAGCCGCAUUCCAUCCGCGUCACUCAUUCCUCGUUCCGCUCGUGCCCCAGAUUCUCAGGAUUUUUGAGAUUCUCAGGGCCCCCUCGGGGCGUAGACUUCCGAAGAGAGCGGUCCUACAGACAUCGCUUGUCCCGCACUCAGCCCGACACUAGUGCCCAGCCCGAGUUCCCUCUAUUUGCAAACCAGAUUGUAUAAUCGCGUGGUACCGCCCCAUCGUGGAGUAACCAGCAAGAGCUCUUGGCACUUCGAUUUCCGCUCACUGCCCAUCUCGGGAAGGAAGAACGAGGGUUCUGGAUUGUGUAAACUGCGAGUACUUAUUCUGGGUAGUCUGAACGAGGUAACCCUCACUCGACUUCCGGCCCCGACCAACGACGAGCUAGACGGGCAGAGCAGCUUUUCACCUUCCUGCUAUCGCUGAUCAGACGACCACGCUCCCCACUCUCUUAAACCACGUCGUCGUCCGCAGCAACAUCCAUAACAAUGAUGGCCACCGCGACUUUCACGGCACUCCCCUCGCUGUCUGUACCGGCAAUGCAGGCGAUCAGCCUAAGCGGCUCCCCAGAAGCAGCGUUCUCUCUGCUGCUCUCCCCUUCUCAGUCCUGCGCCCCUGCUCCCUCCUGCCCAGACCCGAGCACAUCACUCCCCUCUCCGCCUGCCCCCCCUGUCUAUCCCCCAGCUUCCCGUGUCAAUGCCCAUUCCAUCUCUAACCUUCCAGUCGACGAUCAAACCCUCUUUGAAGAGUACGGUCUCGCGCCAGCCCGCCCAGCCGCCCAGCCUUUCGUACACCGAGCCUUCGAGGCACACGCCGCCCGUGCCCCCGAAGUGGUCGCAGUAGAGCACGCCUCUGCAGGCCAGCAAAUCACCUACGGAGAGCUUGAACUGCGAGCCAACAGGCUUGCACGCCGGCUACGCGCACGGGGUGUCAGGCCCGGCAAGAGGGUCGUCAUUCUCUGCCGGAGGAGCAUUUCCUAUGUGCUCGCUAUCCUCGCUGCGCUCAAGGCCGGCGGGCAGUACGUGCCCCUAGACGCCCAAAGCAUCACCGAUGAGAUGCUUGCUCACGUGCUCUCAGACUGUGCACCUCAGAUGGUGCUCUGUAUGCAACAGUACUCACAGCGGGAGCCAAUGCUCGCUGAUAUCGUCCGGGGAAAGGUCAUGGUCGUCGAGGAGGUGAUGGAAGAGGACGAGCGUUUGCAAGCAGAUGGGAGCAAAGUCAGGGACCUGAGCAAGAGGGACGAUGGGGUGUACCUCAUCUACACCAGUGGGACAACUGGCGUGCCCAAGGGGGUUGACGUCCGCCACCGGGGCGUUGGGAAUGUCGUCUCCGGGCACCCAGGAAACGUCGGAAUGAAGCCAGGUAUGCGCGUCGCGCAACUCCUCAAUAUCGCCUUCGACAUGUGCGCGUGGGAGGUUCUCGGGUCCAUGUACAACGGUUGCACUCUUUGCCUCCGCGGCGACCGGUACGCGGAUUGGGUUGCGGUUCUACGCACAGUUCAUGUCGUCAUCUCCACGCCAUCUAUCCUCCUGCGGCACGACCCUGCCCACUACCCGACUCUCAAGCACGUGAUCGUGGGCGGCGAGCCGUGCCCCCAGUCCUUGGCCGAUCGGUGGGCCGCAUUCACGGAGUUCAACAACUGCUGUGGGCCAACAGAGAUCAGCAUCGCCAAUACUGUCCAGAAGCAUACGCCGGGAUACCCACUGAGCAUCGGUCGCCCUAUCCCGAACACGAAUGUUUACGUGCUCGGCAGGGAUCCAUCUGAUACAACACCCGCCCGCAUUGGCGAGAUCGGGUGCAUGUGGGUUGGCGGCGUUGGCGUGUCCCGCGGCUAUCUCAACCUCGCCGACAAGACGGCAGAGCGCCUUUGCCCAGAUCCGUUCGUCAGGUGGGAUGGACAUGGCCCUCGGCCGAUGAUGUUCAACACACAUGAUCUUGGGCGAUGGAGGCCGGACGGCCAAUUGGACCAUUGCGGCCGUGCGGAUGACCAGGUCAAGAUCCGUGGUUUCCGUGUCGAACUCGACGGUGUUGCGACCGCCAUGUCCACGCACCCUUUGGUGUCGACUGCUGUGGCGCUGAAGCUUGGCGAGCAGCUCUGGGGUUUCUACGCUCCCGCUUCCGUGCCGUCAAAGGAAGUGCGCCAGGCAACAGCACAGAAGCUUCCCGAUUACGCGGUGCCCAGCCAAUGGUUGGCAUUAGACAAGUUGCCGCUCACCCCUAGAGGCAAGGUGGACAAGCACGUGCUGAGGAACAUGGCCCGGCCGGAGAUGCCCAGCAGCCAGAGUCUGCCGGACCUGCGCGCAGUGAAGAGGGAAGUCGCCGUCAACCCCAUGGGAAGCCCUGCACUGAGCGAUAGCUCAUACGGGUCCCCAAUUGAACAAUGAUUUUACAGGACAAUAACGGAACACUCUUUAUCUCUCUUUUCACUUCGGUUCAUUUGUUGUUUCACUCAUUAAUUUCCUAUACCCCGCAACUCUCUCUCUUCUCAUGCCAAGCACUGUACACCGCUCACAUUCGUUAUCAUUACGUACGCGCCCGGACUGUCAUUUCCUCCUGUACGGUACACUCCUGCGUCCCCCUCAUUUCCUCUACGCACUCUCACUCUCCCUCACUGCUCAACACCUCAAUCACCCACUCUCACUGCGGAUCCAACCCCUCCAUCCCUCAAAACCUUUCGUGUAGAUAUCUUUAAAUUUCGCUUCUGGGCAUUGGAUGCAUUAGUAUUGGUUGGUAGCAUCGACGGACUCAAGAGUAAUCACAAUAUUGUACCUAUCUAUCUUCUUUGCAAGGUGCCCACCAGAACAGGGUGUCUUCACCGGCCCGGCCAAGGUGGAGGUGUGUUCGCCUGACGACCGUCACGUUAACUAGCCAUGGCUAACCAGCGCAAACAGCUCAGCCAUUCACAUUUCGACCAAGCAUGACCAACCCGCGAGUAGUUGUGCUUGCCAAGGUUUG